CCAGCUCUGCGGGGCUGGAAUCCAACUCAAGACAACUCACCGGCUUCCUGAGAGCAGCCCUGGCGCUGGCGAGGUGGGAGGGGCUGAGAUUUGGGGUGCUGCGAGGCUCCGCCCCCGGCGGGCGGCGUGGGCGGGGCGAGGCGGGAGCCCGGAGCCGGGAGCCUGGAGCGAGCUAGCGGGGCGGGGCGGCCUCUGCGACCUGGGGGCCGGAAGUCUCCAGCGGCUCGCCGCCAGUCCAGGCUGUGAUCCGGCCGGAGAUCCGCCUCUAGCACCAUGAAGCGCGUGGGGACGCUGCGCCUGCUCUCGGACCUCAGCAACUUUAGCGGCGCGGCCCGGCUCCGGGAGGUGCUGGCCGGGGACUCGGGCGUCCGCGUCCGCAGCAGCCCGGACGGCCGCCACCUGCUGCUGCUGCGGCCCCCCGGAGCGCCCGGCCCGCAGCUGGUGGUCGCGGCGCGUGGGGCGGGUGCCGAGCUGGAGCGAGCCUGGCCAGCCGGUCAGCCCCCACCGCUGGACGCCUUCUUCCUGCCGUGGCCGGUGAGGCCGGCGCUGGUCCUGGUGUGGGAGAGCGGCCUGACCGAGGUGUGGGGCGUGGGGUUGGGACCCGGCUGGCGGCUGCUGCAGAGCACCGAGCUGUGUCCAGGGGCCGCAGCCCGCGUGGUGGCCGUGGCGGCGCCCCGAGGCCGCCUGGUGUGGUGCGAGGAGCGUCGGGCGGGUGCUGAGGGCCACCUCGGGCAGCCAGCCGCCACUUUCAGUCACUGCGUGUGCGUCAAAACCCUGGAACCCAGCGGAGAAGCCGGCACCAACCUGGGCCUCACACACACCCUGCUGCGUCGAUGUCCCCCUUUUGGACUGCUGGCCUCCCGUAAGGACCUCUUCCUGGUGCCCACCGCCACCGCCUGGCCUGGAGUGGCCCACAUCCUGCUCAUCUGGAGCCCAAGCAAAGGCAAGGUGACGGUGGCCGCCCCAUGUCUUGGCCUCUCCCACAGUAAGAGCCUGAAUUCCAGACGAGGGGAUACGUGGGACUUCCCCAUGUUGCUUCGAGGUCUUCCUGGACUACUGACCCCCAGGGAGCCAGUGGCCGUGCACACCUGGGCCCCCAUUUCCCAGGGCCUGCUGCUGCUGGACUUAAGGGGCACUGUGAGACUGGUGCAAGCCCACGGUGGUGUCCGGGUGGUGGGCACCCUGCAGGAGGCACCCGUAGGCCCAGCAGGAACUGCAGCCCUGGGGACAUUUCAUGGUACCCUGGCCUGUGUGCUGGGCUCCACAUUGGAGCUGUUGGACAUGGGCAGCGGGCAAUUGCUGGAGAGGAAGGUGCUAAGUACAGACCGACUGUAUUUGUUGGAGCCCCCUGCCCCUGGCGUGGAGGAGGAAGAAGACCUGGAGUCCCGAGGGGGUCUGCGUUUGCUUUCUGCCUUGGGUCUCUUUGCAGUAGGCUGGAAAACCCCACGGGGUCUUGAGCUGCCAUCAGCUGAAGACCUGGUAUUUGAAGAGGCCUGUGAGUACUACCAGCGGCGAAGCCUGCGGGGUACCCAGCUCACCCCAGAGGAACUGAGACACAAUAGCACAUUCCGGGCACCUCAGACCUUGGCCUCCAUCCUCCAAGGCCAUGUGUCUCCAUCUGCACUGUUGACCACACUGAGAUCUGAGCUUCGGGAUUACCGGGGUUUAGAGCACCUCAAAGCCCAGCUAGUAGCUGGGGAUGAGGAGGAGGCUGGAUGGACUGAGCUGGCAGAGAAUGAAGUGGCUCGCCUACUGAGGACCGAGUUGCUGGGAGACCAGUUGGCCCAACUCAACACUGUUUUUCAAGCGCUCCCCAUAGCAGCCUGGGGUGCUAUCCUUAGGGCCCUACAGCUCCAGCCGGAUGGGAAUGGCAGGCUGCGGUCCCAAGCUCCCCCCGAUGUGUGGAAGAAGGUUUUAGGGAGUACCGCAGCUGGAAAGGAACUCCCUAAUGGGGUACUGCCCCUCUUUGAACUUCUGUGCCAGUGCCUCUGCCGGCUGGAGCCACAGUGGCUUCCACCCUUUGUGGAACUGGCACAGCAGCAGGGUGGACCUGGCUGGGGUGCAGGGGGCCCAGGGCUGCCCCUGUACCGCCGAGCCCUGGCAGUGCUUGGUGAGGAGGGGGCCAGGCCGGAGGCACUAGAACUAGAACUACUCCUGGGUAGUGGGCGGCCCAAAGCGGUGCUCCAAGCAGUGGGGCAGUUAGUGCAAAAGGAGCAGUGGGAGCGGGUUCUAGAAGCUGGUCUGGCCCUUGGCCCCUCCAGCCCCCUCCUUCGAAGCGAGAUCUUCAAACUCCUGUUGGCUGAAUUUGCCCGACACCGCCGAUUGGAUGCUCACCUGCCCCUCCUCUGCCGCCUGUGUCCACCGGACCUAGCUCCAGCUGAGCUUCUGCUUCUCCUGCGGACAUACCUCCCAGAUGAGCUGGGCCCCCCCACCCCAUUCCCUGAGCCUGGGGCUGAACUCCCUCUCACCAUAGGCUUGCUCAGAGACUUGCUGGAGCAGACUGGGACUCAAGGACAGCCCUCAGGCCCAGUUCUAAGUCUCUAUGAGGACAUUCUGUGUGACCUAGGCCCUCCGCCUCCUACCCCACCUCGGGAGCCUGUGACAGCCCACCAGACAUCAGACCACCCAGACCCAGAGGCCUGGGCACAAUCUGGACAGGAUCUCUGUAUGACAGACACAAACUGAGAUGUGUUUCUAGGGCACAGUGGCCAGGGGAGGGGGCUAGGAGUUGGAGAGGCCCAGCAUGGACCCUGUGUGCCUACAAUGUACAAUAUCAUAGUGUAGUGUUAUAAAUGUUCUUGGUCUUUGUCCUUGCACAGAGUUCCUAAAAUCCUGGGACUUUCCAGAGGGACAGGGGUGCCCUUUGUCACUCAUAAAGAGACCCUUUAGAUCAUAUCUGCAUUUAUGCUAAUUAGGUGACAAACAUGGGGUCGGUCACCAUGAGAACCUAGUGUGAAACUUGGAAGUCUCAAUCUGACCUCCUUGAGCAAUGCAGUCUGCAGUCUAGGAAGUGGCAUAGUGGCUAGAGCACCGGACUUAAAAGCAUGAAAUCCCAAGUUUGAUCCCUUAACAUUGCAUGUACCAGAGUAAUUCUCUGGCUUGCUCUCAUGUAAAUAAAUAAAUAAAUAAGGCGUGGUCCAGGAGGUGGCUCAGUGGAUAAAGUAUGGGACUCUCAAUCAUGAGGUCCUGAGUUCAAUUCCUGGCAGCACAUGUACCAAAAGUGAUGUCUGGUUCUUUCUCCUGUGUUUCUCAUAAAUAAAUAAAUAAAAUAUUUAAAAUAAAUAAAUAAACAAGGCUUUGAGCAAGGU